AUCGGUGGAGGAGGAGUUCCAGCAGAAUUCCUCUGACCCGAAGCAUCUCAGGCUUACAUCCUCUAGAGCAGAUCCCGACAGUGUUCAAUCCUCGUGAGCGAAGAAUGAGCCAAAGCAAUGACAGCAGCGACGACGAGCCCACUCACUGCUACUGGCCGCCCCUCAACCGCCCCGUCGCUCCAUGUCCUCCGUACACAGAUUUUAAAGCCCAUCAUCCCCAGCCUUGCACACGCGUCCAGGGCGAGAUCUCGCCGGCAAGUGUAUCGCCUGUGCAGAGUAACGACGAUGAGCUACCACCGCCCUACAUCUCCGUGUCCAACUGCCACCCUCAACCUGGUGCAGGUUUCAGCGGUACAAAGAUAUCCUCACCACAACCAAUGCCCAAUUCUCCCGAAGAACCAAUUUUUGCUAACGUCGUCAUCGGCACUUCAUGGAAAGGAGCGGAAUCUGAAUCGAAAAACUUGACAUGCUUGCGAAAGUUUCCUCGAUCGAAAGCGUCCGACAUACCUAAAAUUCCUGCGCCUGUCUCUCCACGCAGUAGAUCUAGACACUCCAAAUUGCACUGUAGGGUCGAGCGACCACUACGUAGAGAGAGAGAAGAUAUUAGAACGAAAUCUUGUGCCACUGAGCUACCGCUGGAUGACAGUAGAAUAAAAGAAUUGAGUUCAUUCCUGCCAGACUCUUCUCUGAACGACAUGAGUCCACCUCGAAAACUUGCACCCAGUCCACCUAUCACAGACGCUGCGGCUCCCAAACCCAAAGACUUAACUUGUUCUUCUCCUUAUUCUUCUGCUACAAAUACAUUGUCAACCACUCUAUCACCGUCUCAUCAAUUGAAUUCUGCAAGUCCAAUCUCGUCAACAUCUCCUUCCCAUUCCUUUUGCUCAUCGCUGACAUCAGUUAGUCCUCAUCGUUCCACCAUGACGUCUCCCUUGCUCACAGCCACAAGCGAGGUGUCAUCUCCUCACCGCAGCUCCGCUCAUGUCACCAACACAAUCGCAGGCACCACUGACCUCCAAUCCUCCGAUUCUCCCAGGCAUCAACCUUUAAUGUAUCCUAGCAAUUCACCUGCUCGCCGAAAGGCUUCUCCCUCUCGAACCCUUUCUUCUUCUCAGCACCUGACCGUGUCUUCUGCUUCUUCUCCUGCCCGCUAUUUCAUCCCAGUAUGCGGCGACCCAGUGAUGUCUCAGGCCGCGGACUGUCCACCGUGCGCUGGUGAAGAGGAAUUUGAUCGAACGGAGGCUCCUAUAGAAGACGCAGAAGGACCUGCUUCCGUAGAUGACAUGCGGCGCCGGUCUUCGAGUUCAUCUUCGUCUUCCUCUCAGUUUUCCUGCAGUAGACAAAUGUCAACUUGCAGCAGCGACAGCCCCCUACUCGUGCCCGGCAGUCCCGCGCGACCAGCGCUGCCGCCCAGAGGGGCCAAACUUGAACAAGUCCCAGCUAGACCAAGCAGCGCCAGCAAACCCCCACCGAGCUUGCCACCCAAAGGAGUGUCUGCCCCGGCGCCUCCUCUACCCCCCAGCAAGCUACGUCGCCAGGAGUGAUGUGCCACUUGCUACUCCAAUUAAAGUAACGAUAGGAAUUAUACUGUGAACUGUUAAGCAUUAUAUUACUACUAUUAAUCGUUAUGGAUCAAAAAAUGCCUAGCUGUGGACACAUUAUGCUAUAAUUACCAACCAUGUACUUGGUUGAUUAGUUCAGUAUCGAUGAGAGUAUUCAGUAGGUUCGUUACUGCUAUUGUGAGAAAUAAUUGAGCCGUAGAGUAUGAAAGUACAUUGUGUAGGUAAUGCAAAUUUUGCAGUAAAUAGCUCAUUAAUUACUCAGGACCAUUGCAGUGCUUGUAAGCAUAUACUCGAGGGUAACGGGAAAUAUUACAAAUAAUUUCGACGCGUUAACAGAGCGUUCCAUCGGCCAGAACUUUUUUUUCCGGAGAGGAAUUCGAAAUAUUUUGGUAUCAUUUCUUUGCUGAAAAUGAUGUGUUUUUUGAUGGUUUGAGUUUAGCGUUUUCCUGACAAGUUCUUCAUUUUCUCU